UAGCUCGACGAACGUAGAAUGCAGUACAGCAUCGGGCGAGUUACCAGCCGAAACAUCUUCUUGUCACUAUGCUGAUUUUACAGGUGUACUCUGCCUUUCUCUUGCAUGGACUCUGUUACCAUAUAGUAACAGGAGGACAAAGCACCUGGGGCCAGCAGUUUGUCAUUCCAUUUCUGUCAAACUUUGAGAAAAAAGGGACAAUUUACAUCAAAAUGGUGACAAAGGUGGAGACAUCGGUAUAUGUUGAAAUCCCUUGGGAAUCAAAGACAGACUCCUUCACAAUCCUAGCAUAUUCCCAACACACCGUCGAGCUUCAAUGGGACAACAGAUACGAAGAGAAUCUAGCCGUUGUGAAAAAAGCUAUGUUCAUUAAUGCCACAGCAAAUAUUACAGUCUACUCGCAUAGCUACGUGUCUAACUCGGGGUCCGGAUUCCUCGCCAUCCCUGUUAAUGUCCUGGGUGAUUAUUACAUUGCAGUAUCAUACACAAGGACGUUCUUUAAUACAUCCAUCGUUGUAGCAGCAGUUGAAGACGCCACAGAGGUGAUAAUUCAUUACAACACACAUGGUGGUGUGUGUGGUCCUGAUGGUUACCAGACGGGGGACAUCUCUAUACAUAUGCUGCAUCGACUGGACGUUAUCGGUGUCCAUUGCACUGAAGACCUUACUGGAACGUCAAUCACGAGUAACAGACCAAUCAGCGUUGUGUCAGGUAACGUCGGAGGAAAGGUCCCUGUUAACGUCAACGGCAAGGAUGUCAUGGAGGAUAUGCUAAUACCGGUGAAAGAUUUCGGGUUUGAGUAUGUGUUGACUAACGCGGGGAGAGCAGCGGGAACCAUCAACAGAAUAGUUGCGGUCGUGGACAAUACCACAGUUAAUUCAAGUUCUGGGGCUGUCUACUAUAUCAAUUCCCUCGACUUUAUUGACAUUGACACAGACACACACGGUGAGCAGUGCAUCCAGACAUCUGAUCCUGUCAUGGUCGUAGCCUUUGGGAAAGGCGUCAAGGUUAACACUGACAAAAAAGGGGACCCCUUUAUGGCAGUAAUUCCAUCAACAAAUAGUUUCUCGAACGAUUAUUUUAUUGGUUCUGAUUUGGGACAAGGUAUCGGAGCAUAUUCAGGUUCUGACUUUAUAACUGUGAUUGCAUCUGUAGAUAGUAUUGGGGCCUUAGAGGCGAUGUUGAAAGCAACCCAUACUCCUUUGAGUAACAGUAAUUAUGGUGUAAUACACACCCAGAUAACAACAUGGCCUCUCCAGCUGCAGACUGACAACAAUACCAUCUUCGGUGCCACGCUGUACUCGGUGUCAUUAAAGUUUCGUGGAGUCGCUUUUCCGUUAGGCAUGGUAUUAGAGCCGCAGAUAUGCUGGAGCAGCACGUGUCUGAACAACGGCAUCUGCCAUGUAGUAAAUGACUCUUUUGUCUGCGAAUGUCAAUCUGGCUUUACUGGAGAUGUUUGUCAAUAUGAUCCAGAUACUUCAUUACUCACGUCUGUUAGUCUGGUGACUAAUUUCCUUGUCGCUGACUCCACGAUCACCCCCAAUUCAGGAUUAGGCCUCACAGAAUUACCUUCCACACAGACAGUUGACUCGGCGACCGUGUCUCUACCACUGGUUACCCCUUCUACAACUACGUAUGCAACAACGCCAUUGUCGGAAACGGAGUACCAUACAUUAACAACCUCUCUAACAAUGUCCCAAUUCCAACCACACAUAUCGACAAGUCCGGUACAACCAGGUAUUUCUUCUGAGUUAAAUAUGAUACCCACGACUUUGAACGUCGAUGUAACCUCAACAGAAACAAUCCUGACAAGUAACUCUGCAAUGACACAAAUCCCACUAUAUAUAUCAACAACUUCGAUCCAAAAGGAAAUUUCGUUUGAAUUACCUGGAAUAUCUACUACAUUAAAGGCCGGUGCCACACCCACAGAAGCUAUUCUGGCUAAUUUGUUCAGAAAGGCCAACAGUAUCAAGGACACUACUUCAAGCGCAUGCUUGUGCCUUUGUAAAGGUGCUCGUCUCGAGGUACUGGAUGAGGCAGUCGUGAAGGAGGUCACUGACGAGAUUAAGGAAGAACUCCUGUUGGAUACCAAAUCAUUGUCGAAAACUGUACGCAAAUACAUCAGUGCCCCUGACGAGAGAAGUAGUGCCAAAGAUGUUGGCACACUUGGAAUCGUGUUACUGUCUUUUACGUUUGGGCUGAUGAUAGUACCAGACAUUCUUAGCUGUUGCAAAGCCUUGUACCGUGCCCUUAAACGUGAGCAACAACCUAGGCAGCGCAUUGACAUUCACUGACACUUCUUUAUCACACGUUUAUAAUUUAGGAGAAAAACCGAGCUGUAGUGUUUGAAAAUCAGAGGAAUGUUAUUCUAAGUUUUCUCGUUUGAAACGCUAUUAUUUUAGUUUCGAUUUAGAGGCUAUUCAUUCGUUACAUAAUAUUCCUCUAUUUUCUAACUGUAGGUUUAUCUCCAUUCUACCAUGACCGAUUUAAUAAUUAUGAAAUCCUUUCGUACCGUGGCUAACGUUGGUUGAUCAGGCGAGGCUCAUAUAACUCGUCUGCGAAAGCGUUGGAUGGUUUCUCUGACACUUUCCCAAGAUGUUAUACGCCAACAUGAAAACGAAAACACCUCGAGGAGAAAAACACAACAUUUACAUAUGUUCGAUGAGAAGCAGCUGUUGUCAUACACGUUUAAAGACAACAUACCGAUCGCGUUUCCUAUCAGCGGUCAUGACCUGGCUAUUUUCUGUAGUUGUACGCGCCGUUUCUUACAUUCUGACCUGUUUGAAAUUUGAAGAGGCAUUGAAAGAUACAUGACGGUCUGUCUAAUCCGAAAUCUGUACAAUUAAGACGAAUACCUUGUUAACACGAUCCAAGUGUGUCAUUACGUGGUAAAGAGCUCAUAAAAUCAUACAAACACAUUUCACACUGGUCGUUGAAGAAAAUGACCAAUCGGAAUCCAGUAUUUGACGGAGUCAUGGGGAAUGUUGAGUUGUGAUUUCGAUUAUAAUCAUUUCUGUGUGACGUUAUUGGGUUUAAAAUGUCCGUGUUGUCUUCACAUUUCAA